AUGGCAGUCUUUAAUUUCUACUCCGCCAGCUGUGUGCUGCUGCUGUUGACCUUGAGCUGGCGCACAUCCACAGGACUCCCGGUGCGCACUGGUCUGAGCGCAGAAAAGUACGGUGACUGCUCAUUGCUCUUUAAGACACUCCUGCUGAAUAUCUCAGAGCUUCUCAGCAAUGACGUUUUCUGUUAUGGCAUUACCGCUAAUAAAAUGGUGGUUAAAAGUCAAACUGAGACAGUACUGGCCUGCGCACCCACUCUGACUCAGAACUCAAGCUGCAUAUUGCAAAGAAACUCAUCUUUCAGUGAGAGUGAAUGUCUGGGGAACAUCAUGAAGGACUUGGAUCACUAUGCUGCUGCUAUUCAGUCCUACAUGAACUCCCCACUCAGAAGUCCUAAGGAAGAAGUUGCACUUCUGACUCCAACUCUGGAAAUAAUAAAGAGCCUGAGGAAGAACUGCUCCCUGAAGCCGAAUGAAGAGAACGACUCAUCAGAGGAAGAUGCUGCCAAUAUGUGGGGAAAUGACACCUUCAGUAACAGGCAGGAAAUGGUUAAGAUGAUGAGGGGCUUCUAUGUCCGAACCAUCACCAUCAACCGAGCCAUGGGCUACAUCGCCUCAGGAGACCACAGGAAGUAAAUCCUGCAACCUCAUCACUAUUAUCACCAUCACUUACACCUACUGACAAGUAUAGCUUUUUACUGCACAAUAUUUAUCUAUAUUAUCUAUU